UUGACAAUUUAUCUCUAUCUAGGUAUUUUGUUGUUUAGAUUUGUUUAUUGUUACAAUGUGUACUUGUCAGCGGCUAACUUCACAAGACAAGAUGGCGGACUCGAGAGGUUCUUUGGUUAGCGAGGUCGUUCUUGUUGUUUUGAUAACUGUCCAUAUUGUUUGCUGUCCUUUUACCAAAGUGGAAGAGAGUUUUAAUCUCCAGGCUACCCACGACCUAUUGUAUCACGGAUCGGAUUUGUCAAAGUAUGAUCAUCGUGAAUUUCCUGGAGUGGUUCCAAGGUCAUUCAUUGGCCCUCUGGUUUUAGCCUUGCUUUCAAGUCCUGCAGUGACUGUGCUGAAGCUCUUGAAUGCUCCGAAACUCUACUCACAGUAUGCUGUUAGAGCUGUUUUGGGUCUGAUGACUCUGUAUGCCUUUGUGAAGUACAAGAGAGCAGUUUCCAAGAAGUUUGGGUCAACGGUUGGGCAUCUUCUAGUACUGAUCACAUCAACUCAGUUUCACUUCCUAUUUUAUGCAUCACGACCCCUUCCAAAUACAUUUGCUCUUUGCCUAGUUUUACUUGCCCUCCAUCACCUCCUUCUGCGGAACCACAGUCAAUUCAUCUGGACCUCAGCUUUUGCCAUUAUCAUCUUCAGAACUGAGCUUUGCAUAUUGCUAGGCUUGCUGUUUCUGAUAGAGCUAGGCACAAGGAGGCUGACUUUUUGCAAAGCAUUGUUGCACAGUGUGGGUGCUGGUGUUACUGGUCUGGGUCUCACAGUUUGUAUUGAUUCCAUCUUCUGGCAAAGGUGGUUGUGGCCUGAGGGAGAGGUCUUCUAUUUCAACGCUGUUCUUAAUAAAAGUUCACAAUGGGGAACCUCCCCAUUCCCCUGGUAUUUCUACUCAGUUCUACCAAGGGCACUACUUUGUGCAAUAUUUCUAGUCCCUAUUGGCUUGUGGCGGGAUCGUAGGACAUGGACGCUUGCAGGCCCUGCAUUGCUCUUUGUGGUGAUGUUCUCCAUUCUACCUCACAAAGAGCUCAGGUUUAUCGUGUAUGUGUUUCCUGUAUUUAACACGGUGGCAGCGUGCGGUCUGUUUUUCAUCGUCCAGAAUUAUUGCAAAUGGAGGCGGUUUAUUUCACUGACAGUGUUACUUGCCUCUCUGGCAUGUCUUGUGUUUAACAGCUUGGCUUCUAUCGGCUUUCUCUAUAUAUCAAAUCAUAAUUACCCCGGAGGGGUGGCCAUGCAGAGAGUUCACCAUUUGACACCCAGCAGUAUGGAUCCUGUUAACAUGCACAUCUGUGUGGCCGCGGCAGAGACUGGUGUGUCGCGGUUUGGAGAGGUUAACAGCAAAUGGAGAUACUCUAAAGCAGAAAAUAUCAGCGUUGACAGUCGAGAGAUGCUGGCUUUCACGCACUUGCUAGCCGAGGCUCCGUGCUCGCAUUUUUACCAGACGCAUGUGCUCCUGGAUGUUGUGCCGGGAUUCACCCGGGUCUCCCUGAGUUUGCGGGACGCACCGCUUGUGAUUCAAGUUCAUACUGAACCUAAAAUAUGUAUUCUAAAGAGAAAAAGCCAGAUAACGACAUAGCUUGUGAAGAAUUAUCAUUAAUAUUAUCUAUUAGACCUAGUUUUUUAGUAGCAGUUCCAUAUCCUUUGCCAGUUUAGCAGAUCUAUACGUUUUCUUGUUACUCCAUUUCAAUAGGAGUAGGGGAACCUAGCAACUUAUGGUACCUUUUAGUGGACAAAUAAUAUAUUAUUAUGUUUGAAAAUACAGCUAUUUUAGAAGGCUCGGAUCUGCUCGGUGUUACCCUUUACUAGCACUGGCUGCAGUCGGUUACAAAUGUAAAAUUGUUCGUAAAUAGUGAAGAGCAUGCUACUAAGAACAUCUUAUUAAAAAACUAUUAAGAUGA